AAAUAAUCAUCUCCGAUUUUGAUUGAAGCAUCUGUAAACAUACACAGAGGGGAAUAUGACAGAUAUCAACCAGUCGGUGCUCGGCAUAUCGGAGUGAUGAUCCCACAAUUAUUGUACUCGAAUGUGAUACUUGUAAUAUUGUUCACGAGCAUACUUGAAUCCACCAAGCACAUAUAGGCACAGUGUCAGCCGAAUGUGAACCAUUCGCACUUUGUCCAUAGCAUCGAUAACUGCAAUUUUGUUUGAAGCUGGUCAGUCCUGAACCCCAUUCUUUGGACCUAUCUGUCUUACGUUUGGGAUGUCAUCAGUGUCGACACUAUCGUCAUCAUCUCGAAGACGUCGAUGACCUGUUCUUUUACGAAAUUCGUCAUUCCGUUGUUGAUUUUAUUCUUACUGUAAGAAGGUUGGCUGUAUGAGCAACAAGGACGACAAGAACCCGAAUUGUUAAGCAACAAGGAGUCAGGAUCAGCAACCAAAUCACAAGUGAACAGCUAACGAGAUUCACCGCUUACUGAAAGCAAGUUGAAAUCACCAUCCUGUAAAGAUUGAAUAAGACAGAUAACAAAAUGUGUAACAUAUGCUUCUUAUGGGUAGUAAUUGUGGUGGUACCAACAUUGGUCUGUGGCAAUAGUCGUCAACCAAAUUUAACAGGAAUACCGUGCAGUUACGAGCGAUCUGACGAGGGUUUGAGGAUCAAAUGCUCCCAUCGAUCUCUAACAGCAGUACCAGGUAACUUGACCAAAGACGCCACUAUUUUCGAGUUGAAUGACAACCUCCUGUCCAAGCUGAGUAACAGAUCAUUCAGCGGUCUUCCAAACCUAGUUUCCUUGAAUCUCCAGUCCAAUAUAGUGGGUGACAACAUGGAGAAAGGGGUGUUUUGUUCGCUACCUAAGUUGAAUGCCAUAAACCUUGCCAACAAUGGUAUCACGUCUGUACCCUCCGGUCUCUUCUCGAAGAAUAGGAGGCUACAGAAAGUCGAUUUGGCGAAUAACAAACUAAAAUCUUUUCCAAUCGAUGUCUUGGAGUCUCUGGACACGUUACAAUUUGUAGAUGUGACAGACAACCUCAUCACGAAUCUGCACUUUCAAGGCUUAAAGACCAAAAAUGUUUCGCUAAUUUUCAAUGCAAACAGACUCUCAGUGCUUCACGAAGAUGAUUUUCUGCCUCUUAAUGAUACUCGUAUUGAAUUUCUUUCAUUCGCUGCUAAUAAUCUUUCAUCUCUACAAUCAAAGAUAUUUAGCCACCUUUCUGGUGUCCGAAAGCUGGCUUUAACUGCCAACCAUUUCCGAAACUUCAGUUUACUUCCUUUCAUCGGAAUGACAUCUUUGUGGAAACUUACCAUGGAGAAUAAUGGCAUUUCAACAAUACUACCCUUAGCUUCAUCCUUUAAUGAAUCACAUCUAUUGCCUCCAGUGAAAGUUCUUUACCUAGAAGGCAACAACAUGUAUACAAUGCCUUCAGGUGCCUUCCGGGGAUUGAACAAACUAACAGAACUACGUCUACAACAAAGUCGUAUAAAAAAACUCCAAAACGACACCUUUGAAGGCCUGGAUUCUUUAGAAAUUUUGGACCUUACUGGUAAUCCGAUUUCAUAUGUGGCAAGUGAUAUGUUCACUUCAUUUUGUCCAAAGCUUCGCUCUUUGAUCCUGCCCACCAAUCACCUGUCUCAACUCAACCCGACACAGUUUGCCGGGAUUGAGACGCUAGGUAGACUGAACGUAGCGAGGGGUUGGAUUCGGUAUAUAGUAAUAAGACCAACCGGCUGGAGUCUGCCAGCCCUGCAGUCAUUGGACAUUUCCAACAACAGGAUAUCUAGGCUUAACAAGCACUCCUUCUACGGUAUGACAAACCUAACUGUUCUCAACAUUUCGAAAAACCCUAUUAACAUUCUAGAGAACUCGAUCUUUGCCAGCAACGAUAAACUCCAAAUCUUACGCUUGGAAUAUCUCAAGGGCUUUGGCUCAGUGUGGACCCCUUUUACAAAUCUCCAAAACUUAAAUUCCUUGCACUUAUCUCAUACUCCAAUAACACAACUAACAUACAAGGUAUUCACGGGCAUAUCCAACCUUCAUACUUUAAAGAUGGAUGAUUGUGCUUUAUCCUUUGUCAGCUUCUGGGACCCCAAAAUGAAUGUUUCAGUCUUAUCGAACCUUUCCACAUUGAAGGAACUUUCCCUCAAAGACAACAACCUGAAUGAUUUAUUACCAGGAACAUUCCGUGGACUUCAAAACCUAGAGGGCUUAGAAAUGCAACGUAGCAAUAUAAAAAGCCUCCAUGAGGGCAUCUUCAUGAAUCUUACAACCUUGGUGGACCUAAAAUUGGACAGGAACUCGAUCAAGGAAUUGACAUCCCAACACUUCAAAGAACUUACUUCAUUGAAAAUUAUAUCUAUCAAAGGAAAUGAAAUCAAGGAGAUACCUGUAGAUUUAUUCAGUGGAAACCCAAAUCUAAACCAAUUGACUAUCUCACACAACCAUUUGACAACGAUUAAAGAAGGUACAUUCCUUCCGAAGAUAGCUCUCGACGUGUCUUACAAUCCAUUCGGUUGUUUCUGUGAUUUGAAGUGGUUUGUUGAUUGGAUAAACAUGAAGACAGUUGAUACUCUCAACCCAGAUCAGACCAACUGCUCCCAGGCUUCACUGGCCAAAUUCAAGAAUAAACCCAUCCUAAAGUUUGACCCAAGCAGAGUCUGUGGACCGAAAGUAGUUGUUUAUAUCAUCUCAACUUUCGUUAUUGUUACCUGUACUGUUAUGAUAAUCGUUGCAUACCAGCGACGAUGGUUGAUCAACUACAAAUGUUUCCACUUCAAGUUAUUAUUCAUUGGCAAGACUGGUGACCGCGACGGACGCAACAGGCUCGAUUACGAGAACGACGUCAAUCUCGUGUUCGACGAUGACGAUGAGAAAUGGGUCAGGGAAGUAUUGAAGCCAGGAAUUGAAGAGAGGCUGCUUAAUUUCGACAGGAUUGUUUGCGGGGAUGACGAUCUACCGCUUGGCAUGUUCUACAUCGAUGCCAUAACUGAAGUCAUUGAAAAUAGUUUUAAAACCAUCCUCAUCGUGAGUAAUCGCGCGGUGGACAAUCACGAUUUCAUCAGCAAGCUUCGCCUCGCCGUCGAUCACAUGAACGAGGUCCAGUUGGAAAAGACUAUUCUCGUAUUCAAGGAGGAUAUACCUGAUGGUCAUUUGCCAUAUCUAGUCCGUCUAUUCCUGAGCAAGAAUAAACCCCACUUACGAUGGUCAGAAGAUGAAUACGGACAGAGACUCAUGUGGGAGAAACUUGUCCAAGAACUGGAAUGGAACAAGAAGAUGAAUGAUGUAUUGCCGAUAUAGAAAUAGAUAUAAAUUCUUUAAAUUUGAUCAUAAUUGCGC